CGCCGUCCCGCCCCCACCCUCGGCUCCGGCGACUGCUUCUCUUGCUACCCAGAGUCCUCCACUGUUCUUCGGUGGAGAUGGAGGCGGGGAGUCCUAGUCGGAGGAAGAGGAAACUAGAGGAGGCACCGGCGGCUGCGGCGGAGAGAGGCGCUCAUGGCCUAGAACCGCCGCCCAGAAUGGGAGAAGGUGAAGAAGGAGGCGCCGCCGCUGCCGACCGCAUCAGCGACCUCCCGGACCCCAUCCUCGCCGACAUCGUCUCCCUCCUCCCCACCAAGGACGGCGUCUGCACACAGAUCCUUGCGUCUCGGUGGCGCCACCUCUGGCGCUCCGCCUCCCUCAACCUCGACUGCGACGGCCUCGACGGCCUCUACUACUACUUGGCCGAAGAUGACGACCGCACCCUCGCUGCCCUCGCUGCCCUCAUCCCUCGCCUCCUCUCCGCCCACCCGGGUCCCGGUCGCCGCUUCUGCGUCCCCGCGUGCUACCUCCGCUCCCGAUCCGCUGCCGUCGACGCCUGGCUCCGCUCCCCCACCCUUGAUGGCCUCCACGAGCUCGAGUUCUGCGACGUCUAUGCCUGUGAGCCAACACGGCCACUGCCGCCUCUGUCGGCGCUACCGGCACCCGCCUUCCGCUUCUCAGCCACCCUACGUGUCGCCACCAUCAGAGCAUGCCACCUCCCUGACUCUACUGCCCAGACGCUUCACUUCCCCCAGCUUAAGAAGCUGGCUCUCGUGGAUGUCGUCGUGUCCGAGACCUGGUUGCACAGCAUGAUUGCUGGCUGUCCUGCUCUGGAGUGUUUGCUGAUUCACACCACCUCAGGCGUCCGUCGCAUCCGGAUCAACUCCCUUAGCCUUAGGAGCAUUGGCGUGCGUGUUGGUUGUCAGCGGACGAAUGAGCUCCAGCUCCAGGAACUCAUCAUCGAGAACGCCCCUUGCCUUGAAAGGUUGCUCUGUCUUAAUCUAUUGGAUGGCCUACAAGUAUCGGUAACCUCCGCACCUAAGUUCCAGACCAUAGCCUGCGUUUCUGAUAGGCGUGACUUCUCCACAAGUCUCAUGAUUGGCUGUGAUGCAGUUAUUCAGGGAUUGCAUCUCGAUAGGCUGACCGUGGCGGUAUGCACUGUCAAGAUAUUGGCUGUUGAUUUGUUUAUGUUUGAUCUGGAUACAGUUAUUGCGUUGAUGAGAUGCUUUCCCUGCUUGGAGAAGUUGUACCUUGAGUCUGUGCCAGGAGGAUACAAUUUAUGGCGCCGUAAACAUCGGGAUCUUAUCAAAUGUUUUGACAUCCGGCUAAAAACAAUAGGAUUGGGAUCUUAUCGGGGCAUCAAGUCACAAGUUGAUUUCGUCACAUUCUUCAUACUGAAUGCAAAAGUGCUUGAGUUAAUGAUAGUUCAUGUUAGCCCCCAGGAUUAUUAUCGGGGAUUUGCUGCAGAGGAGUCUAGGAAGCUGAUGUUUGAGAACAGAGCUUCUAAAGGUGCUCAGAUUCACUUUACGACUGAUACAUGUCUCCGUGGUGUUUCAGAAAUCAAUGAUGCUUGUGAUUUGGAUCUAACUGAUCCCUUCAUAACUAGAUGUUGACAUUGAUUAGCCCAUUAGGCAUUUGUUUCCUAUCUCAUUUUCCGCCAAUUUCCAAACUAGAUUAAUUCUCGUGUGUACUGCUAUUUUUCUUUGGUUUGUAUUAUCCUGAAAUCUUGUGACAA